AGAGAGAGAGAGAGAGCCAAUUCACUCCAGACCUUCCAUUGCGUUCUUCCUCGGCCUUUCUCUCUCUCUCUCUCUCUCUCUCUAGCUAAGCUUGUUUUGUAUAUCAGUUCUUUGCUCUCAAGAAACAAAGACAAAGUGAAGAAGAAGAUGGGAGUGCUAGAUCGUCUCUCUGACAUCUUCGACUUCGAUGUCUCAAGGCCACGGAAGAAACGCAAGCCCAUGCAGACGGUUGAUAUCAAGGUGAAGAUGGAUUGCGACGGCUGCGAAAGGAGAGUCCGGAAUGCCGUUUCGUCCAUGAAAGGUGUGAAAUCAGUGGAAGUGAACAGGAAACAAAGCAAGGUGAGCGUGAGCGGCUACGUCGAAUCGGGCAAAGUACUGAACAAGGUGAAGAGCACGGGGAAGAAGGCGGAGCUGUGGCCGUAUGUGCCGUACAACUUGGUGGCAUAUCCGUACGCACGUCAGGCCUACGACAAGAAGGCGCCUUCCGGCUAUGUCAAGAACGUGCCCCAAGCCCUCCCGAGCCCUAACGAUCCCGACGAGCAGUUCACCAACCUCUUCAGCGACGAGAACCCUAAUGCAUGUUCCAUCAUGUGAACAAUAUAUGAGAGAAAAGAAAAUAGAAGAGAAAGAUUAGUGCAGCUAAGUAUUUUUUUUUCCAUGCAUAAAAGGGUUCUUUGCCUUGUGAGUGACUUCUUGUUGUAGUUCGAAGUUUUUCGGUUUAGGUUUUAGGAGCUUAAUGUAAUUUUGUGUUUUUUGGUACCAUUUCAUGGUGUCUAGCGUUGAAGGGCAGAUCAGUAUCAAUCUCUUUUUUUUU